GAAUUUUGAGUCCUAUAUAUAGGUUUCGUACCUUCCUUCCCAUUUAUCCUCACUCAACCAAAUCCUAAUUGAGAUUAAAAAAAAAUGGAGGCGAUUUCUUCUAAGCACCUUAUCACAUCCCUUCUCUUAAUUCUUGCCUCUAGUUUCACCGCACACUCUGCUAACAAUGCCAAUGGCACUGAAACCCCAUACCAAGAAGCCAGCACUGUGUUCAUUAGAACAUCUUGUAAUUCCACAACUUAUCCAAGACUCUGCUAUAGCUCCCUGGUGAAGCAUGCAGACUUGAUCCAAACGAAUCGUGUGCUUUUAACUGGCACAGCCCUGAAUGUGACUCUUGCAUCUGCCAAAAUGACCUCUGCAAUGAUAUCAGCGCUGGCAAAGAGUCGUGGGUUGAAGCCAAGAGAGGUUGCAGCUAUGAAGGACUGCGUGGAGGAGCUGAGUGAUUCAGUGGAUGAACUCCGAAGAUCUAUUGGUGAAAUGGGCCGUCUUGGGCCCUCUAAUUUUGAGCUAAUAAUGAGUGAUGUACAAACAUGGGUUAGUGCUGCUUUGACAGAUGAGAGCACUUGCACCGAUGGCUUCCAAGAGAGUGCUAUUGCUACUUCUGCUGAUAGUGCAGAUGUUAAGACCACAGUGAGAGGGCGAAUUGUGGUAGUAGCCCAAUUGACUAGCAAUGCUUUGGCUUUGAUCAAUCAGCUAGCCAACUCCCAUGGUUAAGUAGUCGUUCAACUUUGAAAUUGGUUACUCAUCUCUCUUGCUAUAUAAUACAUAGCUGCCAAAAAUUGCAGCAAUAUAGAACAUCAUAUUCUUGUCUCAAGGUAUGUGAUCAGUUUCUUGAGCUUGUUUAGAUUCUCUUCAAGACAGCAUAUCGUGUCGGUGUUCAACCCAAUUAAAUGUGAGGGAAAUGAAUACUGUAAAUAUGUAGCAAUUAGUUGAGAUUUAUGUCACUGCUAGUGUUAAUGUCUCAUGCCAGCUAGCGGGUGGACAGAUUCUUGUGCUGCGAAUUAAGCACUUAUAUUGUUUUUUUCCUUUAGGUGGAUCACUUGUAUAAUUGUUAUUAAGUGAAGUGGCUGUGUUUAUAUAAAGAUCUUGAAGUUGCUGUCA